GAGAAAGCAGAAAUGGGAGCACCUCUUAAAGGUGUUUGCAUGGGAAUACUACUAUGGGCAGUGACUGUUCUGUUCUCCUGGCCCUGCCUCACAAGUGCCAACAAUGCAUACGGGAUCAGGCGCUACACCUUCCAUAUACGAACGAAGAAUAUGACGAGGCUGUGCCACACGAAGCCAGUUGUUACGGUUAAUGGGAAGAUUCCGGGGCCUAAAAUCACGGUCCAAGAAGGAGAUCGAGUCAUCGUUAAGGUGGUGAAUCAUGCUCGCUACAACAUCACUAUACACUGGCACGGAGUUAGGCAGCUCAACAGUGCAUGGGCAGACGGACCAGCGUAUGUAACACAGUGUCCAAUUCAAAAGGGGCAGACGUAUGUCUACAACUUCAGCAUCAGCGGUCAGAGAGGGACUCUUUUCUAUCAUGCUCAUGAUUCAUGGAUGAGAGCCAGUGUUUAUGGUGCCAUCAUCAUCCUUCCUCGCCCCAGUUUCACCUAUCCUUUCCCCAAGCCUUUCAAAGAAGUUCCUAUCAUCUUCGGAGAAUGGUGGAACGCCGACCCAGAGGCGGUCAUUGCUCAAGCUUUGCAGACUGGUGCUGGCCCUAACGUCUCCGUCUCUUACACCAUUAAUGGCCACCCUGGACUGCUUUAUAAUUGCUCCGCUAAAGAUACUUUCAAGCUGAAGGUUACACCUGGUAAGACCUAUUUACUUCGCCUGAUCAAUGCUGCACUCAAUGACGAGCUGUUCUUCAGCAUCGCCAACCACUCUCUGACACUUGUAGAAGCAGACGCCAUAUAUGUGAAGCCGUUCCAAACAGAUACUGUCCUCAUAACUCCAGGACAGACCAUUAAUGUCCUGCUUCAGACUAAACCAUAUGUUUCUAAUGCCACAUUCGUCAUGGCUGCUAGACCUUAUGCUACUGGUCAGGGAACAUUUGAUAACUCAACUACGGUGGGACUCCUCCUGUACGUGGCCAACGACCUAUACCACAGUAUCCUCCCUGUUCCUAAGCUCCCCCUCAUCAUGCCUGCACUUCCUGCUCUUAAUGACACCAACUAUGCCGCUAAUUUCAGCAGAAAAUUUAGAAGCUUCGCAAGCAAACAGUUUCCGGCCAACGUCCCGCAGAAAGUCGACCGCCGCUUCUUCUUCACGGUGGGACUUGGCAGCACGCCCUGUCCUAAAAACCAAACAUGUCAAGGUCCUAAUGGAACUAAGUUUUCUGCCUCUGUGAACAAUGUCUCUUUUGUUCUUCCAACCACAGCACUGCUUCAGGCGUACUUCUUCGAUCAAUCUAAUGGAAUUUACACGACGGAUUUUCCUAGCCAGCCUCUGGUAACUUUCAACUACACAGGCACUCCUCCUAACAAUACCAAUGUGCUCAAUGCUACCAAGGUGGUGGGGUUGAAGUACAACACAACUGUUGAGCUGGUGAUGCAGGACACAAGCAUUCUUGGUGCAGAAAGCCAUCCUCUUCAUCUUCAUGGCUUCAAUUUCUUUGUGGUGGGACAGGGGUUUGGCAACUACGACCCAAAGAAGGAUCCACUAAGCUUCAACUUGGUCGACCCCAUGGAGAGGAAUACAAUAGGAGUGCCAAGUGGAGGAUGGGUGGCAGUUCGCUUCUUAGCAGACAAUCCAGGUGUGUGGUUUAUGCAUUGCCAUUUGGAAGUUCACACCAGUUGGGGACUAAAGAUGGCUUGGGUAGUCCUGGAUGGACUACUGCCAAGCCAGAAGCUGCCUCCGCCACCGGCCGAUCUUCCAAGAUGCUGACGUCGACGGUCGAGUUAAGGACACCAUUGUUAGGGUGAAAUUGAUUUUGACCAACGCCGUUAACUCUGUAGCUCGAUCUCUUUCCUAGCAUGUAUUCCAAGACGAGGCACCAAAUGACAGAUUUGCUUUUUCUCUAAUUUGCGAAUCUCUCUUUGUAGCGGCUUCCUUGAGGAAAAGGUGUAAGUUGGGUCUUUUUUUAAAUUGGUGGCAAUAUAUCAAAGUAUGCUAGCAGGAACUCUGCUUUCCCCUUAAGUCAUUUUCUUGCUUCUAAUUUGCUUUCUGUUUUAGAUUGCUUUCUUGAAUCCCGAAACUUAUGGAAACCUGACAUUUUCAUAAACAUUCAUUUCCCUGCUUCCUACUGCUUCAUGGAAGGUUUGGAGUGCCUUUUUCGCUUGCUG